GGUGUAGCCGCCGUUGCGGAAGAAUAAGGCGUCUGAGGGCGACGCCUUGAAGCGUGUUUAUCGGGUUUCUUUCUGUUUCAUGUCGGAGAAUUAAAUUGUAAAAAUGGAUUUUGGGGAUUUAUUCGACGAGCGGAUGUUUCCUUUCUCAGAUUUCCAGGAGUUUACGUUCGUCCCGGGACAUCAGAGACUUUCAGAGCGAGUGAGGAAGCGUCUGUACUACGGUCUGGAUCAAGAUGCGUCCCUAGAUGCGCUUUCCUGUCCUGUUACUGAUAUCGCCGUCGAACUUCUCCAGAAAUCAGCCCCAAGCCCGAUACGGAAACUCCGCAAGAAGUACGCAGCCCAUGUAGCCAGAGAAGCGUGCAUCUCCCCCUGUGCGAUGAUGCUGGCCCUGGUUUACAUCGAAAGACUCCGACACAGAAACCCUGAGUACCUGCAGCAGAUCUCGUCCUCUGACCUCUUCCUGAUCUCCAUGAUGGUUGCCAGUAAAUAUCUGUACGAUGAAGGUGAGGAGGAGGAAGUUUUUAAUGACGAAUGGGGCGCCGCUGGAAAGCUGGAUGUCCAGACGGUCAACAUGCUCGAGCUGAACUUCCUCAGUGCCAUCGACUGGCGCCUGUUUGCUGAGCCCAGGGAGUUCUUUAAUGUGCUCAGCCAACUCGAAACCUGCAUUGCGGAGCGGCAGGGUACGAAGCGUGGCUGGUACACGUACACUGACCUGUGUGUGCUGCUGGAGCAGGCCAACUGGAGGAACGCGCUCGCCGCGAUCUACCAACACUUCGCCAAGGUCACAUGUAUGCUCGGUCUCCUGUACCUAACGAGCGUCACCGGUCUCCUCGCCACCUCCGCGGCUCUUCACCAGCUCAACCUCCUGGCCGCCGACCCCGUAAAUCCCGCACUCUUCCAUCCUCGCUGCUGCGUCCUCGCCAACGCCACCCAAAAACCCGAACACGCCCCAGAUCUCCACCAGCACCAUCGCCGCCACCGUCACGGCCCGAGUUCUGCUCCUCCCCUCCAUCCGAACUCCGCCCUCUCCCUGUGGAGCUCCCUCCUCUCCACUCUCGUUCAUUCAGACGCCCAGGCAUCAGAGCUUUACGUGUGCGGCGCUCAGAACAUCACCUCGUUCUCCUGGUUCUCCUCUCCCGAUCUCCUCGCUUCUCCUCAGUCACCUUUUCUCCCGCACACACACCUGAGUCCGCUGGCCGCUUUUCAAAGACACAGCUGUUGCCCUGAAGCCGCAAUGCCUUAUGGGAAGGCGCAGGUUCUCCUCAUACCGACUUAGAGAACGCCAGAUUGUCCGUCUUUCAGUGUUUGUAAUGUGUGUUUUUUUUUGUUUUUUUUUUUUUCCUUCUGGUGGGAUUUUGUAUAUUUAGCACCUUCUAUAAAUAUAAAAAGCACUUUGGUCCAACGGCAAAAGGAUGCCAGGAUGGAGUUGGAGCACAGCUUGAAAAUGUUUGUGUCGAAAACAUUUUAAAACUUGACCAUCAGUUAAACCAAUCCUUGAUUUUAUUUUAUUUUAUUUUUUGUCAUUUUUAAAUUUGGAAUAUGAUCACGUGCUUCGCAUGUAACAUAAAUUAGAAACUUAAGUGAUUUAUUUAUAAACCAGUACAAAUAAUUUCAGAAGUAGUUCACACACUCAAAAAGCACUCGAGUUGCCAGAUUACUUCCAAACCCCCCCUCCCCUCCCUAAUUUGGGUGUAUUUUUAAUGAACAUAAACAAAAUGGCAUCCACAUUUAGUUCAUAAUUAAAAGCGCUGCGAUAUAAACAGUGAAAUAGAUUUUUGAGUCGGUGCACAAGGUAAAGAUUAUUACUUAUUUUUUAAUUGAUUUUGUUCGAACAAAAAAAAAAAAACUAGAAAUCCUUUGAAACGGAGUAGUAUGUGGCAACCGAGUCAGUCGUCUUCAACAAUCAGCCGUACGGUUUGUUUCUGUGCUCAGGUUUCCUCCAAACGUUUUUCCUCAUGCAAGUCUUGGUGUUUGGGGUAUUAUUUAAGAAAAAUUCUAAUGAAGUAAACGAGUAAAGGGUUUUUGCGCUUCGGUAAAGGUUUUGUACGAUUUGUUAAUCUCGUUCCGCUCUUGAGGUGAGGUGAGGAUCGAAACAUCAACAUCGCCCCCUACCUGUGAAAGAGUGUCUUUGCGCGGGCGGGAAUUCUUGACGAUCGUGAAGAAUUCGAAUCGCUUUCGGAGUCUAACGACAAUCCUGGCAUCGUUACAGGUUGUGUGAGCUUUCAUAGUGUGUUCGUUUGGCGCAUUUUAUUUUAUUUUAUUUUUUAACAAUCCACAGUACAGUGGAGACCCCGAUAAGUCAAGAGCACAGACGGGCAAGUAUUAAAUCGAAAGGGAGGGUAUUUUUAUUCAAGCGUAGUUUUCGGUGAAGGAGUUGAACAGAGUGAAGAUGAGUGGGUCAGUGGGUGGAUCCCAAACUUCAGUAACGUCACACGCUCUUCUAGCCUGGAAAUAGCGUGCUAAUCCUAGCAAGUAUUCAGAGAAGUUAAAACGCGAGAUGCGAAACAAGAAUGGCCUCUAGGAUGAGGAUGUUAUGUUUAUAACGCAGCACUGCUGACUUCCUGAUUUUAUUUGGUGAGAAUGUGAUUAAUUUCCUGGAACAGCAGCUCUGAUUAGUAGUUCCCGUUUCUAUCGGAACAGGACUCGGACGGCGGAUACUGCGUGUAAUGUAAAGCUAAUAAUAAUGACGUUUUUUUUUUUUAACAAGGAGAAAUGUAUAAAUGUGAAGUUUUCUGGAAGGAGACAUGAAAGUUUUGGAAGGAGUCUCCAGUGUUUACACUUUUUUUUUUUUUUUUUUGCAGUAAAGUAACAAGCUGAGCUUUUAAGACGAAGGAAAAAAGAGACUGUAAAAGGGAACGAAUCUUUGAUAGCUGCCCGAACACGCACAUCACAAAAUCAUGAAAACGGAUUAAAAGUAAGCCAUGGCGUGUCACUCGUGUUCUUGCUGGCAAAUUGGAACGAAAUCCUUCAGGGCGCUAAAACUAACGCAUUCUCACUUCGCAUGAUGGGAAAACAGAACAUCUUUCAGCCAUAGCAACUUAAAUCUCCUCCAUCAGGAUGUUUUUUUUCAUGGAUUUUAGUUUUUUCCAACAUGUUAGAACAAGUUCUGUUGUGGGAAGGUCGUUAAAUCUAUUUUCGGAGGGGGAAAAAAAAAUCUCGCGCGGCUUUUUUUUUUUUGAUCCAUUAUUCAAGACUGCAUAUCAGUUCUUUUUGUUUUGUUAUACAGCUUAAAGAUGAAUCCAGGGUUUGAUUGAAUACAAGCAAGCAUCAUGUAAAGUGGGUCUUUUAUGUUUAUCACAAACUUUAAAAAAAAAAAAAAGGUCAUGUGCUCAUAAUUCCAAAGAGAUCUUAAAAAGCUGGAAUAUGCGUAGAAUAGAUUUGUCAACUCUUCUUUAUUUCAGGUUUCCUAGCCCCACCCCUAUUCAGAACAGAACAUUUUAGCUCCACCUCUUUUCCUUAAAAGGUAAUCGAGUUGCUAGGAACCGAAACUUCCCAGUAACUACUUGUAGUUGGAUAGAAUUUUGACAAAAGCAUGGCCCAGAGAUCCAUUUUAUAAUCUUGAUUUAAAUAUGCUUUAUGUUGAUCAGGGAUGAGAUUUCCGAGCGAUCCGGGAUGAAAUUGAUCACGCAGUGGAUCUGGGAACGCUGAGAAAUCUAAGAAAGCAAUGUCGGAAGUCUCUGAGCUGGUUUUGGAUGAGAAAUGAACAUUUUCUUACACAGAGGGUCGAGUUAUUGUAUUGGAGAAUAGUUUACCUUGUUUAAAGCUGCAGUAUGUAUUUUUUGCAAUUUAAAAACAUGACCGCAUCAAUCGAAUAAAUACUUUAGAACACCA